CCCAGACCCCUAUCCCCGCCCGACUCCAACGCCUGGCUGCUGGGAUGAUGCGCCUGUGAAGCUCCGCGCACGGGGGGAAACCAGCAGCGCCCUCUGCCCUUGCUCCCCACCCCCUCCACCCAAACCCGUUAGCGGACCCCGAUCCGAGCCGUCUAUGAUGGGGCCGCCCGCUCCCCGCCAGGCAGGGCUAAGGGGCUGAGCGUAGGGGGCAAUGGCCCCGGCGCGGGGGGCCGCCUAGCAUGGCCCGGGGAGGGGUGCCCCCCGCCUCAGCGCCUGGCCCAGAGCCCCUACCCCGGCGCGCCUUGCGGAAGCUGCUGCUUGUCCUUGGCUCGCUCCUCAUGUCUCUCUACGCCAGUUAUUGCCUGGCUGGGGCUGCGCGCGUCCUCACCAGGGAGCCGGCCCCGAUCCCGCUAGCGCCAGGCGACGAGGGCGCCGCCACGCCCCGCGAUCCUUCGCUGCAGCCCCAGGCGGCAGGAGAGGGCACCAAGCGGCUGCCGCAGGCGGUGAUCAUCGGCGUGAAGAAGGGCGGCACGAGGGCGCUGCUCGAGUUCUUGCGGGUCCACCCGGACGUGAGGGCGGCGGGCGCCGAGCCGCACUUCUUCGAUCGGAACUAUGGCCGGGGACUCGCCUGGUACAGGGAUUUGAUGCCAAGAACUCUCGAUGGGCAGAUCACCAUGGAGAAAACUCCCAGCUACUUUGUCACCAAGGAAGCCCCGGCUCGCAUCUCUGCCAUGUCGAAGGGCACCAAGCUCAUUGUGGUGGUCAGAGACCCGGUCACCAGAGCCAUUUCUGACUACACGCAAACUCUGUCCAAGAAGCCUGACAUCCCCACCUUUGAGAGCCUGACCUUCAAAAACAGGACUACGGGCCUCAUUGAUACCUCCUGGAGUGCCAUCCAGAUUGGCAUUUACGCCAAGCACCUGGAAAACUGGCUCCUGUACUUCCCCAUUGGGCAGAUCCUCUUUGUCAGUGGGGAGAGGCUGAUCAGUGAUCCAGCUGGUGAGUUAGGCCGAGUCCAGGACUUUCUGGGUCUCAAGAGGAUCAUCACGGACAAACACUUCUACUUCAACAAAACCAAGGGUUUCCCAUGCCUGAAAAAGGCUGAAGGCAGCAGCAAGCCCCACUGCUUGGGCAAAACCAAGGGGCGGACCCACCCCAACAUAGACCAGGAAGUGGUCCAGAGGCUGCGGGAAUUCUACAGGCCCUUCAACAUGAAGUUCUACCAGAUGACUGGACAUGACUUUGGCUGGGAUUGAGGCUGGGGAAAAUAAUAAUUUAAACAAAUAAAAAGGAAAAAUAUAUUUUUGUACAUAUCAAUAGAGAGGGGAAAUUAAUAUUUGUGCUAAUGUCUGGUGGUUCAAAUUAAUAUUUUCAUUUUGAUGCACAUAUCAUGGUUUUCUGUUUUUCUUGUUUUGUUAGUCAGGAUUUAUAGUAUCCACUUCCACAAGGCUGUCCGUUGAGAUCUAGCCACUGCGUCCAGUAUGGGUUUGCCUCUUUCCAAUUUUCCAUUUGACAUCUUUGAGGUUUUUAUGAAGUAAUUUGGCACUAUUUGUCUAUUAAUUCUGGGUUCUGUGCCCAGAUUUUUAACAAAAUGGCAUUAGUCGGUCAUGUUGGUGACCAAAAUAAUCAGGUUUAGAAGAUAUUUUCCUAGUUCUACUGCUCUGGCAUGACAUGCGGUAUGAGACUCAGAUGUCAGCCUUAUAAAAUGAUAUGUCAUAAGA